GCUGAUACUGAUACUCAAAUUCAGGGAGAACCGAGAUGAGUCUGCUGUUCGUGAUAUUUACCAUUAUAUUGCUGCUGCAGCUCUUUACGAUCGGGAGCAUUGUUCCCAGGGGCGACAGUAGGAUGUUUAUGGUCUGGACUUCUGCAUUGCACCUGGGAACCACUUUCCUAUCCCUGGAUCUUGCCAUGGAUAUCACUGAAUCGCACCAUGGGCAUAGUCCAGGACUCUUCUUUCUAACGACCGUCUUCCCAGCCGCUGCGGCGCUACUAUACAUGAUCCUGGUCAUUAUUCUGGCAGUUAUAGCGCUGAUGAGUUUCGCAGUCGGCCAAAUUCUUCUGUUUGGUGCGAGUUCUAAAAUCGCGGAAACAGCACGCAGUCGUGUCAGCGGGUCCGUGUUCUCGACGAUAUUUGACCUCUUGUCCAUGGCAUUGCUCUACAAGUUCUGGCAUAGCAUCACGGAUGAUUCAUGGGGUGAUUACGCUUUCUGA